UUGUUUCAUGUACUUCAUUAACUUUGUAUGUUAUUCCAUUAUGAUUCGUUGAAGGAAUAAAGUUCUUAAUUGUCGGUAUUAUAUAUUGUUUACAUGCAAUAGUGUUUAGUACAUAACUAACAGCGAGAACGUGUUCUGUGAAAGGUGACGAUCUUUUAGCGGCAUCAUCCGCCAUUAUUGGCGUUUGCACAACGUUCAACAAAGUUUUCUUACGUUUGUAGAGCCAAAACCACACCUAUAACCUGGAGAUUUGUAUCAUACUAUGAUGGCACGCAGUCGGAAAGAUAGUACGGGUAAAAGCGACUCUGAAGUCACUGAUAAAGAAAAUAAGAAGGAAAGGGGCAGAGAAAGAGAUAGAAAAAAGCGAGCUGCCUCCACAUCCAGCAGUGGAAGUAGUUCUUCAGAUAGCAGUUCAGGGUCAUCAUCGACGAGUAGCGGAAGUAGUUCCAGAUCGAGCUCUACUUCUAGCACUACUUCCACCAGUUCAGCAAGUUCUUCUGGAAGUUCUAGAGAUAGAGGAAGAAAACGAAGCAGAAGCAAAAGUGUAGAUGCCUCACGUAGACAUGAUAAUAAAGAAAAAGAAAGGGAAAAAGAAAGAGAAAGAGAAAGAGAUAGAGACAGGGAUAGAGAUAGAGACAGAGAAAAAGAUAAAAAGAAGAGUAGCAAUUCUGUAAUUGACAAACCGAAACCCAAAGGACGGUCUAGAUCACCUUCACCACGUAGAAAACGCAGAGAAAGAUCACCAAUUCCUAGACCAACAAAAAUACAUAUUGGACAUCUAACCCGUAAUGUUACUAAAGAACACAUUAUGGAAAUUUUUUCUACGUACGGUCAGAUAAAAAUGGUUGAUUUUGCAAUGGACAAACUUCAUCCAAAUCAAGGACGAGGUUUUGCUUAUGUGGAGUUUGAAACAGCAGACGAAGCUGAGAAUGCAAUGAAACAUAUGGAUGGUGGACAAAUAGAUGGUCAAGAAAUUACUGCUGCCCCAGUAUUAUUACCAAAACCACGUCCGCUACCGAUGCGGAGGAUGUCACCUUUAAUGGGAAGAAGGGCACCUCCACGAUGGGGUGGUGGUGGUGGUAGAAAUACUCCUCCUCGUUAUCGGAGACGUUCACCACCAAUCAAUCGUCGUAGAAGCCCACGACCACCACGACGUAGACCAAGAACUCGAUCGCGAAGUCCUCCAAAUAAUCCACGACAUCGGCACCGUCGUUACACGAGAUCAAGUUCUAGCAGCUCUCGAUAGCAACUUUUUUUGUACAUAUAAAAUAAGAACUGAAUCUGACCAAUAUUGGUUCAUUCUGAUUGGUCAUCUUAAUAUACUGAGCAAAACGAUUUUUACCGAUUGGCAGAAAAGUGUAUGCACUCAAAAAUACAAUACACUUGUCCACGGCGGUGUUUACAAAAUUUCAUUGUCGAUAAUUAAAAUGCCGUUCGUGAUUUGCAAAUUCUGCUUUUGAAAUAUAUCAAUUUCACACGUGAUAAAUAUAUUACUAUUGAUUCGUACCUGAAGGCCGAUGACCUCAGAUAAAAGAAUAUAGUCUUAAACAUUGUCAUGUGAUGAUAUUAAAUAUAAGACAUGAAGACUUCAGAAAAAAAAAACAUUUACUACGUUAUCUCGUAAAGAGAUAUGAAAAAUUGAACUUAUUUGUUAUGAAGUGUAGCGGCAGUAUGUGUGUAUUUAUAACUAACAUUUUUUCUGAAGUCUUUAUGUUUCAGGCUUGGUAAAAGUACUAGAAACGACAGAUUUGAUAGAAACUAUGAUUAUUAGACCCUUUUACAAAGAAUCAAUUUUAGAAAAAACCUAUUCACACAAAAUCCUCUUUUAUACUUCGCGAUAUCUACAAGAACAGAAUCAUUGCAUCACAUUGCAAUGUAUCGAUGAAAAAUAUCUACACUUUUUUAAAUUGCAUAUGGUCGUUAAUUGUAUAAUAUACAUUUUGUUAUGAUGACUUUACAGUAUAAACGGAACAGUGUAAAGAGCCUGAUUACUUGACAGAAGUAAGUAUAUUUUUGGAGGCACCAGGAUUUUCGAAUUUAGUUAGCCUGGUCCAUGGCACGAAUAUUUUAUUUUGUUCUCCUUUUUUUCCCCUUAAAAGAAUGAAUUAGUCUCUGGUAACAUAACGACGUAUAUAGCUGAUAAAUUGAGAGGACGAUAAAACGGGGAUAUAAAACAAUUUUUCUUUUUCAAUUUUCAUAGACACAAAAUCAGAAGCUGCAACAUUUCUACAUAGCGUUAACUGUGUUUUUGAUUAAAGCACUUUGGCACGAACAAACUGCUUUUGUAUUUGUUUACUCACGAAUCCCAUGAUUUUCUUAAUGAAUAUAAAAUUCUUUCUUUUGUUUUAUUUUAUUCCAAAAUGUAUUUGUAGUAGACCUGUUAUAAUUUGUCAAAAAACAAUUUGAUUUACAAUUUGUGUCUAUUAUUCUCCUUAUAAUUACGAUGUAAAAUAACUGCAAUAGUUUUAAAUAAUCUUACGUUUUAUAUCACAGGAAGCACCAGAGUGCGAUUUUAAUUUGCAUGCGAAUGAAGAGAGAAAAGCAAGCUUGUGCUGCCAAAAGCCAAAGAUACCUGUUUUUUUGCCCCCUCGUUUUCUUUACUAUUACUUCUACAGUACAAAUUAAUUCCUAUGAAGAAAAUGGAAACAUAUAAAUUUUUUUUUAUAUUAUGACAAUUAAAUUAGGGCAACUUGCUUUACGAUCGUAUCCAUACGUCAGUAGUAGAGAUUCGUUUAUACGUCGCAAUAAAUAAAUUAGUAAUUAAAUAAUUUUUGAAUAAUGGUAGAGAUCCGCUUAAGUUUGCUCUUAACUUGGAUUUCUUUUUUUUACGUAGCUUCAUCUCGCAUUCUACAAUAUCUAUAAUAUUACACACGAUACCUUUUUUUUUUAAACUGUACGCAUAAUUACCGUAAUGAUUAAAGUUUAUAUCACUAUAAACAGUCAGAUCUCCGAAAUUUGCAGAGAAUCACAUAUAAGUCAUCAUUAUUUGUUUUCUUCUUUCUUGUAACCCACAUUAUUUCAAUAAAUGCCUUAGUUUAUUUAU